AUGAAGGGGCAGAAAGUGGUUAUGGUCGAUACACCCGGAUUUGAUGACACGUACCGAUCACAAGCGGAUAUCCUAAACGACAUCGCGGUAUUCUUGGAAAAAGCGUACGAGAAAGGGAAGAAGAUAUCUGGGGUGAUCUACAUGCACCGUAUUUCCGACACUCGGAUGGGCGGAAUCGCACGAGAGAACUUCCGAUUGUUCACAAAAAUAUGUGGACCAAGAGCAAUGGCAAACGUCCUGAUUGUAACUACGAUGUGGGACGAUGUGGAUGUUGGAGUAGGUGAAGCAAGAGAAAACGAGCUCGCGAGCAAGCCGCUGUUCUUCAAAGAUGCGAUUGCGCAUGGAGCACAGAUGGCUCGACUCUAUAGCCCAUCAGCGUCAUCUGCAAGAGGCAUAUUAGAGGCACUCCUUGACCGAGUACCACAGGUCCUCCAGAUGCAGCAAGAGCUGGUCGAAGAGCACAAAUCAGUUCCUCAAACGGAGGCGGGAACUGAGCUGCGAUCAGAGCUUGAGAGGCAAGCGGAGAAGCAUCAGGGGCAAAUGAGGGAGUUACGCUUGAGAAUGGGUGCAGAGCUCCAGGGAAAGGACGCUGCACAUAGACAGGAGAUCGAGGAAUACCAAGAAGAAUUAGCACGUCUGCAGAAGAAGAUUCUCAAUGCCGAGAGCGACUUGCAGAAGCUAAGCCAAGACAAGGGGAAGGGGAAGGGAGGGAGACUAAUGGCAAUUUUUGGGCGCCGUCGAAUGCAUCUCCCGGUGCCACUUGGAGUUUAUUCACCUCGGAGAGGAAACAAGCUAACUCCAAGUCCGGAAGUCAAGUUUUACACCAACGGACACCUCGGUGUCAAGCUUGCUCGUAUUCUCUCAGAGAGUGCGAAGCUGGAGCCAGAUGACCCGGAGAGUCAAGUAUUCUCGGACUGGUGUGGGCCUCAACGACCUUCGUUCCGGGUGCUGUGGCCAUCCGGGCGUGACGACCGUCCGUAUUAUACCUAUGACCCCCAGAUAUGGAUCCGAAAGAAUACUAGGCGUGAAGUGGUCUUUCGCAUUGCCAAAGCCAUGAAAAAUCUCAUGGAGACUCAUCCAACGCAACCGAACUCCUCUAACAAGUGGGAAAUCGGCGUUGGCCCAAUCACGUUCGAACGCUUGGUCUUGCAUAGCGUUCAGCGCAUCUCAUCAGGCAGCAUACACGCUGUAUUGGCUAUCGAUAUGCAAGGUGUUUGA